AUGGGUUUUAUGGAAAAUGGAAUGAGGGGAUUGCUGCUAGAUAUAAAGUUCUUAAUGCAACUUGCAAUUAAUACAUUAAAAGAAGUUGAAGCAUUCAUGACUAAAAAUCCUUCAGAUAUUGUAACAAUAAUAAUUGAGGGCUAUGUGCAUACCCCAAAGGGGUUGACAAGAGUGUUUAGUGAUGCGAGAGUGGACAAGUAUUGGUAUCCAGUGGAAAAGAUGCCUAAGAAGGACGAGAAUUGUCCCACUAUUAAUGAUAUGGUACAAAAUAAUCAUAGAUUGCUUGUUUUUAAUUUUGAUUCUUUGAAGGAGGCUGGUGAAGGAAUUGCAUAUCAAUUGAGUAGAAAUCUUACAAAAUGGUUUGUUCGAGGUGGGGAUCUAGGGGUGGUACCUGGUUCGUGCCCAAACAGAAAGGAAUUGAAGCCACUCAUUUCGAGAAAUUCCUCUCUUUUAGAUGAAUUACUUCCCAAUGAUUUCAGUUCAAAAUGA